CACUUUAUUCUCUGUAUGUACAUUUAUAAUGGAAAACAUACUAAAACUUCACAAAUUGUUUUGAUUUGUAAUCUAAGAAGCCAUACCUAGCAUACCUUUAGUUCUGUGAUGUUGACCUUUGUACUAGUUUGCAGCGAAUGUGUUAAACUCUGACGCUCCUCUAAAGUUACGUGUAAUGUGUCACACCUAUUCAGUGAGGAGGAACCAAGAAUGUGAGAAUGCGGUUUGUACUUGUAUAUAUGUUAUGUACUCAUGUUUAUAUUUGUCUAUUCACCCUGCACAUACAUACAACUUAUAUUUUCGGUUUUGACUUGAUCGUGACUGUAAAAUGGACUUUGAAUCCCUCAGUUGAGACUUCAUUUGUUUACGUGCCAGCUGUGCAGUCUGUGUCUUUAACCUGUCCUGCUCUAUUCAUGUCCUGUACUGUUCUCUUAGUGUUCACUUCAGCAGAGGCAUCACACUGUUGGAUCAAUGGACUGUUUGAAAGUCAGGGGGCUGCCCUCACCAGAGUGUUCCUGUAGAGAUGGACGAGAGAAUGACACCCUCCAGUCUGGAGUUGGCCUGCCCCCCCCCCUGCAGACAGUGCAGUGGACAUACAGUGAUCACAAGGUCUCAGAUACAAGCCAGCCAUGAGCAGGUGGGGGGGGCGGCACACACUGAGGGCCCAUGGAGACUCCCUGAGAAACAGCUGCAGCUUCAACCCAGAGCAGAGCCCCCCCUUCAUCUAAUGCCUCCCCACCAUGCAGAUGUUAGGCUGCAUGGCCUCAGAGAGCAGUCUCCACUGUAUGGGCGGGACUUGCUUAACCACCCCAGAGGCUUUGUGGGUAAUUCAGACUGGCCCCAGCAUUACUCUGUGGAGGAUGAACGCUUGGAACCCCCCCUCACACUCAGGUCUGGAGAUAACUUCACCGACUACGUCCCUCCACCACACCCUGGCCAAAACCAAUGUCUGUGGCGUCAUGGCAGACAGCGUGCAUGCUGCCCUCCAGCACAACUGCACCAUCAUACUAACAAUGAUCAUCUUUAUAAGUAUGAUUACCCAGCAGAUCCAUGCGGGGAGCCUCAACACCCCCAACAGUCAAGGAAUUACCCCCAUAAUAGACUACAACUUAAAGAUGAUCCAAGCCCCCCCCAUGGAUCUGUGGCUCAGCGUGCAGCCCCUGCCUGGGAUGUGAUGCGUGAGGUCAGUGUGCAUCGCUCCCUCCAGCCUGAUCCAGGGCCAGCCACCCAGGAGAUGAGGAGGACCAUCAGCCUGCCUGAGGAGUGCAGGAAUGUUUUCAUCACAUAUUCAGUGGACACUGCCAGAGAAAUCAUACCUUUCACCACAUUUCUGACAGAUCAAGGGUUCAAACCAGCAAUUGAUAUCUUUGACAAUCCAAUCCGAAGAAUGGACAUCACCAAAUGGAUGGACAGAUUUUUGAAUGACAAAUCAGUGCUCAUCAUCGUGGUCAUCAGUCCCAAGUAUAAGGAGGACGUGGAGGGAGAUGGGGACGACGAGCACGGCCUGCACACCAAGUACAUCCACAACCAGAUCCAGAAUGAGUUCAUCCAACAAGGCUGCCUGAACUUCAGACUGGUUCCUGUUUUGUUCCCUAAUGCAACAAAGGGACAUGUCCCCAGCUGGCUGCAGAGCACCAGGAUCUACCGCUGGCCUCAGGACACACAGGACCUGCUGCUGCGCCUGCUCAGGGAGGAGCGCUACAUCAUCCCACAGCGGGGGGCUGACCUCACCCUCACUGUUCGGCCCCUCUGAGAAAAACUGACAAGGACAUGCAAAUGUGGAAAAUAAACAAUUUAAAUAAAUGGUUCCUUUUGGCAAAGCCA